UUUUUUCAUCAGAAGAUGCCAGCAACGGACUACCAAAGAUCAUUCGGUCGAUCCUUACUAAACCUCCGCCGCGACUCGGUCCACUCGGUCUCCGAAUCGUCGUCCACCGAGUCAACUCACAUGGAGACCGAGUUGGACUCGUUCCAGAGAAAAGUCUCCGAGAGGUUCGCCUCUCUCAACGCCUCAACCUCAGAGGAUCUCCUCUCCCUAGAAUGGGUCGAGAAGCUCCUCGACUCGUUCCUCUCGUGCCAGGAAGAGUUCCGCGCCAUCAUCGUCUCGAACCACCGCACGGCGAAGCCUCCGACGGAUCGUCUCAUCGCCGAGUAUUUCGACAGGAGCGUCAAGGCCCUCGACGUCUGCAACGCGGUGCGCGACGGCGUGGAGCGGAUCCGACAGUGGAGGAAGCUGAUCGAGAUCGUGCUGUGCGCUUUCGACAAGACAAGACCUGUCGGAGAAGGUCAGUUCCGUCGCGCGAAGAGGACGCUCGUGGAGCUAGCGAUCGGGAUGUUGGACGACAAGGAGGCUUCUUCGAGCUCUGUAGCGUCGCAGCAUCGUAACCGUUCGUUUGGUCGGAACAAGGAGCAUUCGCAGCAUCGUAACAAGUCGUUCGGGCAUUUCAGGUCGUUGUCGUGGUCUGUGUCGAGGUCUUGGUCGGCUUCGAAGCAGUUGCAGGCGAUAGGGAACGGUUUGGCUCCUCCCAAGGCCGGGGAUGUGACAGCGACGGGUGGUUUGGCGGUUACGGUUUAUACGAUGACUUCGGUUUUGUUGUUUGUGAUGUGGGCCCUAGUGGCGGCGAUCCCUUGUCAGGAUAGAGGGUUGCAAGUGCAUUUCAAUGUGCCGAGGAGUUUUAUGUGGGGAGGGGCUUUGAUGUCUUUGCACGAUAGGAUUGUGGAGGAGUCGAGGAAGAGGGAGAGGAGGAAUAGUUGUGGGUUGUUGAAGGAGAUUUAUCAGAUUGAGAGGAGUUCGAGGUUGAUGGGUGAGUUGGUUGAUUCUGUUCAGUUUCCUUUGUCGGAGGAGAAGGAGGUUCAGGUGAGGGAGAGGGUUGAGGAGUUGGGCAAGGUUCAAGAAGCUUUGAAGAAUGGUUUGGAUCCGUUUGAGAGGAAAGUGAGAGAUGUGUUUCAUCGGAUUGUGAGAAGUAGAACAGAGGGGCUUGAGUCUGUUGGAAACGUAUCAUAGAUGAGGAUCGAUCAAUGAUGUUUUUGUUAAUUUCAUGAACGUAAAGGAACAGUUUUUUUUUUCAAUCUUUGUUACCAUUACUUAUUUGUAACUUUUGUAACAAAGAUUUUGUUAUGUGUGCACAUCGUUUAAUUUUAAAAAAAAAGUUGAAUUACAAUACAAAAUUACAGUUGGUUUAA